AUGAAAUUAAAUUAUGAUUAAUUUGUGAAAAAAUAUUUUCCAGUUUAACAAAUAACAAACCUAAAGGAAUCCUCUUCAUUAAUAUUUGUAUCAAAGUAAGGAUAAAUAAUAAAAGAAUAAAAUUUUACAGAAAAUGAAUGGCUAUUAUGGAGGGAAUAUUUUCGAUAGGAAAUUGAGUUAUAAAAUAUUCUAAAUGAAUAUGAACCUAAUUACUUUCUCAAAAUUUUGGAUUGGGCUGAGGAAUUUUAAGAAUAAUUGCACAAAGUGUUGAUUAUUUAUGAAAACUAAAAGGAUAGUUAAAAUUUAGAAUUAUACAUAAAAAAUAAUACAAUUAGUCAAGAAAAAUUGAUAAAUAUCAUUAUUUAAAUCCUUGGAAUAGGAAUGGCACUUUAACGUAGAAUGAUUUUUCACUUAAAUAUAACUCCAAAAAAUUUGAUAUAUGUUAACGGAUUUAUUAAGCUUACUGACUUUGGUAGUUCUAGAGUAAUACACAAAUAGUAUUAUUCUUAAAAAUAUUCUGAAGAACGUAAAUAUUAUUAUCAUUUUUAUUAAUCUACUUCUAUGUUAAAAAUAAAAAUGAAAGAAAAUUUAGAAGAAUAAGAUUUAUCAUUUUAAGAAAUAGUGUCAAAUGAAUUAUUACAAAAUUAAAUUUUUUAACAAAACGAUGAAUGGUCAUUAAGUCUAAUAAUUUGUUAAAUUAUAACAAAACAAUUUGAUAUAAAAAUUAAGCACUAUGAAGACUUUUUUUGUUUUAAUUCUUUCAGAAUAAAAGAAAUGAUGAAAUAAGUGAGAAAUUCAUUUCCUCAACUUUAUAUAUUUUGUAAUAAAUUAAUCGAAUAAAGACUAGGAUUAAAAGUAGCCUAUAAUACAUUAAUCGAAAUAACUUCCUCAUCUAAAGCUUCUAUUUCAAAAAUAAAACCUUUGAUAAUGAGGCUUGACCCACUCAACAAUUAUUUAGAAAGGGAAUAAGCUACUAAAAUGAUUGAAGUGGCUAAAAAUUAUUAUUAUGUAUCCAAAGCUGAGAUCUAAAUAUAAGAAGAAGGAUAAAUUUAUUAUUAGUUGAACUCCAAUAAUUUAUUGACAACUGCUCCUAAUAAUAGUAAGAAAAGUAUUGAUGAUGAGAAGCAACAUAAAUUGUAGAUUUUGCAUUAAGCUUACAAUUUAAUAAAUACAUUUUUUGUAAGAGAACCAUUAAGUGUUAAUAAACUAAAUAACAGUUAGUUGAAAUAGCUGCAUUUAAUUGAGAAAAAAUAAUAAUCUCCCAAAAUUUAGCACUAACAUACUAUUAGAGAUUUAUAAUCUUGUAAAGAAAUAAGUGGAUCAGAAGUAAAUUCAAUGUAAUAAUCAUUUAUAAAUUAAAAUAUUUAUAGAGAUUCCAUUUUAUAUAAGAAAUCUAACUAAUUAAAACUAGCUACUAUAAUCCAGCUUUUUUGGGACUAGGAUUUUAUGUAAAAUUAUUUAUUGAAAUAAUUUUAUAUCUAAAGCUCUAUUCAUGGUGAGUAUGAGUUUAAGUUUAAUGAUUCUUAAUCUCAUUUAUUUAAUUAUAAAAGUAAAAUAUUGAGGAUAUAAGAUAAAAAAUAGAUUUAUUAAGGAUACGAAAAAGAUAAUAUACCUUAUGGAAUCGGUAUUAAGCUUAUUAGAGAAAAAAACUGGAAAUUGAUAUUUGGAGUUUUCGAAAAUGAUUAAAUUUUCUAAUCUAUAAUGAUUGAGCAAAAUAAUCAAAGAUCAAUAUAAAUUUAUUAAGGCAAAUUGAAUGAAAAUCAAAUGAAAGAAGGUCAAUGCAUAUUUGAUUGGUUUAGACUUGUAAAUAACAAUCUCUUAAAAUAUUAAAAGCAUAUUGGUUUAAUAAAAUAGAAUAAAAUUUAUGGAUACGGAGUUAGAAUAUACUAUUAAUAUUUUCAUUCAUAAAUUAAUUUUAUAUAUAAAGGAAACUUUGAGAAUUCUUAAAAAUAAGGUAAAGGAUAGCUUUUCAAGGAGUAAGAUGGCAAUUUAGAUUUAAUAUUUGAUGGAGAAUUCAAGUAAGAUUAAUACAGUGGAGUAGGAUUAGCUUAUUUUUAGAAGGAUUUAACCAUAUAAGCAACCUUUUUAGAAGGAAAAAUCAAUCAAUUUUCAGAGUUGAAAUUUAAAGAAAAUUCAGUAACUAUUUUUUGA